AUGUCUUCACCGUUACGUCGAUUAUGUCACUGGGGUCCAAUUGCAGUCUUAGGUAUUAUAAAAUUAAUAACAUGGUCAAUGAUACAUCUCAUUGGGAUGUGGUGGCCACCUCAUGAGAGCCUGGGAGCAGCUUUACAUGCUUUAUUAUUUUUACUUUUGGCUGCUUCCACCUUAUAUUACUUCCUUCAAGCUCUACUUGAAGGACCUGGAUUUGUUCCUUUGGGAUGGAAACCAGAAAAUGAGGCUGACACAGAAUAUCUACAAUAUUGCUCAGUAUGCAAAGGAUAUAAAGCACCCAGAUCUCACCAUUGUAGAAAAUGUGGUUACUGUGUAAAGAAAAUGGACCAUCAUUGUCCGUGGAUCAACUGCUGUGUGGGCCACACCAACCAUAGCUACUUCACAAAGUUCCUUAUGGCUGCUGUACUGGGAUGCUUGCACGCUUCAAUUGUGCUCUCGAUCUGCCUGUACCACGCCAUCAACCGCGUGUGGUACGCGCAGCACGGGUCGGGGCGCGAGCCGCGCGUGUUCCUGACGCUGGGCUCGCUGCUGGCGGCGCUGCUGGCCACGGGCAUGGCGGUGGGCGUCGUGCUCGCCGUCGGCGCGCUGCUGUAUUUGCAGAUUCGUGGCAUUAUACGGAAUCGAACUACAAUAGAGGACUGGAUAUUAGAGAAGGCGACGUGCAGGCGGGAGGAGGCGGGCUUGCCGGCGUUCGUGUUCCCGUACGACCUCGGCUGGAAGAGCAAUAUAGAUUUCCUCCUCCAUGACUCCAAGUACGACGGGAUACGGUGGCCGGUCGCUGAGGGAUGUGGGGAAUAUGAUCUUACAAUAGAGCAGAAGGCGCAGAAGGUGGAGAAGGCGGCGCGCGCGCGCACGUACGUGGCGCGGCGCGCGUACUCCGGGCGCUGGCUGCCGCUGCGGUACCCGCGCGCCGCGCUGGCGCCGCCCUGCAGCGACGAGCCGCGCCUGCCGCUGGCGCCCGGCGACACGCUGCGCGCCACGCGGCGCCGCAGACACUGGCUGUUCGGUGAGAAGCUGACGGGCGCGGGCGCGGGCGGGGGCGGGGGCGGGGGCGCGGGGCGGCGCGGCGCGCGCGGCUGGUUCCCGCGGGACGCGGCCGCGCCCUGCACUGACGCGCCCGCACCUAGCGAUAAACACAAACCCGAC